AUGGCGCAAGAUUCAUGCAUAAUUAUUCCCUCUCAACAGCCUCAGCCACCAGUAGAGGCUAUCACCUUUAUGGAAUGUGAUUCAUUAAAAGCCGCUGAAGAUGGUGACAUGCUACUUUUUAACAAGUACCAUGGCGAUCUUCAUUACCUGGAGAAUUCGGAAGCAAGUGGUAGCUGGUGGAGGACGAUGCUGAGAAUGAAGGAUAAGGCGGACAAUACUGCUUUCCAUAUGGCUGUUGAAUGUCCUCCAGAUGACAUUGAUGUGGUGCGACUGCUGGUGAAGGAAUUGGAAUUGGAUCCUGAGUUUUCAUUGUCUGCUAAUAAAAGCGGUGAGACUCCACUCUACAUAGCUGCCAUGACAAGUUAUGCAACAGACAAGAAAGGGCGGACUCCGAUUCACUACACCGCGAAUUUCGGUAACUAUUCAGCUGUAGAACAGUUGUUGGAAAUGGAUGCAUCGGCAGCUUACGUAAGGGAUGAAGAGAGAAAGAUGACGGCGCUUCACAUGGCAGCUUGGGGCAGCGAUGUACACAGAACCACAAUUCAGAAUUUUUUAUAUGGAAAGGAUGUCAAUGGGAACACGCCGUUGGAUGUCUUUUCCAUGUUUUUGCAUUCUGGACCCUCUGCUGCUUCGUCUAAUGUGUUAACUUCCCUUGAACUUGAGAAACGCGAAAUAUUGAAAGAAAUAGGGAAUAAUGCAGGAGAGGAAGGGAUCCGACAUCACAAAUCCUUCCGUGAGAAUAUGGGGAAUGAUAAUAAUCCCUCGACCUUGAAGGAAGUAGUAGAUAAACUGAGAGAAACCCAUUUGUUGGUGGCAGCGCUUGUAGCAACCGUCGCUUUCACUGCUGCCAAUGCCGUACCUGGUGGAUACAAGGCUGAUGAUAAGGGUACUGUCGAUGAGGGCACUGCAAUAUUGAGUCAACUCCGCCUUUAA